AUCAUCUUCUUCAUCCUCUCCCUCUCCCUCUCUCUCUCUCUCUAAAAGUCAGUUUCCUUCGCCUGUAUCUUCUGCCUCCUGCUCUCUCUCUCUCUAGAUUCCGAGCCCGACCCUCGAAUCGGGACGCGGCGCCAUCGAUUACCCUCCUCCAGAUCUGCGGACGAGCGCGAAAGGCGGGAGCUUUUUCAUGAGACAGGUUCUCCUCCGCGCGGGUCCAUGCCGAGAAUAAUGUCGCCGCCGUCGUCCAGCUCCAGGGCAGAUCCGAACCCCUCCCGCGUCCACCCCGCCCCGCCGCAGCCGCCGCCGCUCGCCGCCGCCGCCGCCGCCGCCGCCGCCGCCGCCGCCGACGGCGACGACCACUUCGACCGCCUCCCCGACUCCCUCCUCCUCCUCAUCUUCAACCGCGUCGCCGACGUCAAGGCCCUCGGCCGCUGCGGCGCCGUCUCCCGCCGCUUCCGCCAACUCGUCCAGGUCGACGCCGUCCUCGUCCGCGUCGACUGCGUCAUCUCCGACGACGAGUCCGCCUCCCCGGCCAUCUCCGACAAGGGCCGCGGCCCGCUCGCGAGCUUCGUCCGCGCCGUCCUGGGCAACAUCGUGAAGCCCCUCCAGGCCCUCGGCUUGUUCUCCGGAGGGGCGAGGAGGGCCCAGGCGGGCGCUUCUUCCUCCUCGUCCUCCCUCGCCGUCGGGAGCGAAUGCGACGGCGAGGCGGACCAGGGCGGCGUCACUCACCACUCCCCUACUCAGGUCUUGAAGAAUUUCAAAGAGAUUCGGUUCCUCCGCAUCGAAUUGCCGAGCGGAGAGCUGGGGAUCGAUGGUGGGAUUUUGUUGAAGUGGAGGGCGGAUUUCGGGUCUACGCUCGACAAUUGCGUGAUUUUGGGCGCUUCUUCGGUUGUGCGGCCUGAGCCAUUGAAGAAUUCAGUGGGUUUUGAGAAUGGAACAGAUGCCGGUUGCGCGAACGACGAUAAUGGAAGCAUUCCCGAGUCCUUCUACACAAAUGGAGGCCUCAAAUUGAGGGUCGUUUGGACGAUAAGCUCCUUGAUUGCUGCAUCUGCGAGGCACUAUUUAUUGCAGCCCAUAAUUGCGGAGCAUAAGACUCUCGAUAGCUUGGUCUUGACGGAUGCUGAUGGACAAGGAGUGUUGUGCAUGAACAGAGAGCAGCUCGAGGAGCUGAGGGUGAAACCCUUGUCAGCUUCUUCGGCUUCGAAGAGGACGAUGGUGCCCGCGCUCAAUAUGAGGCUCUGGUAUGCGCCGCACUUGGAAAUGCCCGACGGGGUUGUACUGAAAGGGGCGACUUUGGUUGCCAUAAGACCUAGCGAGCAGUCUGGGUUGAAGAAGGACACGGCUGAUGGGUCCUGGAUUUCGACUGCAUUUGAGGAGCCUUACGGAACUGCGGCUAGAAUGUUAGUGAAAAGGAGGACAUACUGCUUGGAGAUGAACUCAUUCUGAUAGUCCCCAUGGAAUUUCAGGGUAAGCUGAUUGCUUAAAGGGAAUCAAGUUGUACUCUUCUGGUAGGUCGAGGAUCAGACCACAAUUUUGUCUGUGCUAAUAGCAGCCAAUGAAGCUUCUACUGAGCCAAAAUGUGCUGUGUGUGUGAAGUACUUUUUGGGUGGCCCUAUACGGCAAGUCUCUUACUUCUGUUCUAGGCUUUGAUAACGAGAUGCAUCUGCUCGUUAAUUUCUCAGAAAUAUGCUUGCAAUGACUACAUCAGUUAUAGAAAAUGACUUUCUAUUCCUGAGUCUGUAGUCUUUUGAACUUAUCAUCUCGCACUAUGUGAAUAUUGUAGUGAAGAACAUAUACUCUAGAAGUUCACUGACAAGUGCACUCUCCAUGGCCCAUUGAAUUACCGAUGUUCAUGCCAGCACAGUCCAUUGGGGCGAAAUAUAAAGGAUUUGAAGGUGGAAUCCCGAGCUUUCAAUGAGUUAUGGUAAAAAUGACAAGUUCUUGAUUGCGAGGGUGAUGUAGCGUGUAACAUGGGAGUUUAGGGCCCAGUUCCAUGGGACAGGGUGUUCAACGUCAUGUAGCAACUUCGUUCUUCUUUCAAAGCUUGUUGUAGAAAAGCUGUGAUAGUUUGAAGGACCAAUCAGACUUUGUGAUAUAAAUGUAUGCUUAUAUCAGCCUUUUCUUGGCCCCGCUUUCUGUUGCUUCUCUUUGCAAUGCUGUUUCAUAUGCAACUCAUCGAAACCUUGUUUUGUACGCAUCUAAUAAAGCGGUUGCUUCCUUUCACA